CAGAGCUUUUAAGCAAAACCAAGAUAUUUCUGUGCCUGAAUUUCUCUAGCUCUCUCACCAGCAAUGGCUCCUCACCAUUCCUUAAAGUUUGCUUCUCUUCUUCUCUCUUGUUCCUUCAUUGCCCUCAACCUUCAUUACAUUCCUGUCUAUGCACUUAACGUUGGUCUUCAAAAUUCUGAUGCCUUAGUCUCCCUGGAUAAAGGUUGCAGUAACACAUGCGAGUCAGAGUUCUGUGCAGUUGCUCCAUUUUUAAGAUAUGGUAAGUACUGUGGACUCUUAUACAGUGGAUGCCCUGGGGAGCAACCUUGUGAUGGCCUCGACACUUGUUGUAUGAAGCAUGAUGAUUGCGUGGGAAAUACAACAAGUGGAUAUCUAAGUCAAGAGUGCAGCCAAAACUUGAUAAACUGUAUGGCUGAUGUCAAAAAAUCAGGAAGCCCUACGUUUGCUGGGAACCAAUGUGAUGUUAAUGUGACUAUUGAAGUUAUCACUGUAGUCAUGCAAGCUGCUUUAGCUGCUGGAGGAUUUCUUCAUGACCCUUAGAAUGAAUUUUCCUUACUGUGGAGAGAAGGAGCAACAGCUUCAUUUAAUUCUUUAAUUCAUUCUUCUUCUUUUUUACUAUUUUCUUUUUACUUUCUUUUUCAUGCACCAAAUGGCUGCCUAGAAAUCAUAUAGGUUAAAAAAAAAAAUGAAGAAUUCAAAUUUUAGUUAGGGUCAGGGUGCUGUGCUGGAAUGGAAAUGUUUAUAUUUUGACGAUUUUCUUUUGAUACAAAUUCCUGGCAUUCAGGUCUCAUGUAAAUGUGUACAACACAGAAAUAGUCCUUAUGAAGCUCUUUAAUGAAAGGCCACAAAUAUGAUUUAUAGUAUUUA